AUGUACUACACGUGCUUGAGUUCGCUCUCGGACGUGCCUUUUCUAUCGAGCGGGCGGCCAGCCUUCCUCCGUCGAGUUUUUGCCCCUCCUCGUCAGUCCCGCACGACAUACUCGUUCAACAUGGACGAGCUCGACAGGACGUAUGGCGUUGUGUUCAUAGGCGUGCUCAUCUCUGCCGUCCUUUUCGGUGUAACGAAUCUGCAGGUAUUCAUCUACUUCCAGCGGUACUCCCGAGAUAGCAUCUGGGACAAGGUCUCUGUCUGCUGUCUAUGGAUGCUGGAUGCGGCUCAUCUCGCGCUCUGCGGUCACUUAGUCUACUACUAUUUGAUCACCAACUACCUCAACCCCCUGGAGCUCCUCAAGGUGGUAUGGAGCUUCAAGGCACAAAUCAUGAUAGAUGCUAUUGUUGUCAUCUUUGUUCAUACGUUGUACACGAUCAGGCUGUGGAAGAUGGCGGCGGUGGAGAGCGGGCGACCGCUUAUCCGCAGGAUCUUGCUAAUUUUCGUUAGCAUGAUUGUUUUCCUUGGCUACGGUGUCGCUGCACUCCUUUGCUACGAGAUAACCCAGUUCGAGCUUUACACCGAUCUCCUCCAAGACAGAUGGGUCACCUACGUACCAUUCGGUACCGCCACGUUUAUCGACACCAUUAUUGCCGGCUCGCUGUGCUUCCUACUCGCGCGCUGCCGCACGGGUUUCCAUGAGAUGGACUCGACUAUCACAGUUCUCAUGGUAUACACACUUAAUACGGGUGUCUUAACUACCGUGUGCUCGAUCACGGCGAUGGCAACUUUUUCCGCGCUGCCAGACACCUUCACUGUCCUCUGCAUAGAGUUCCUGGUAACAAAAAUGUACAUCAACUCGUUCAUGGCCAUGUUCAACGCGCGGAACAAGCUCCGCUCCCAGGCUCCCGCGAGCGAAGAGGGCCUCACCCCCCUCAAACACCUGUCCUCCGGCGGAUCGAGCAACUACACCACCACCACACUCCAGUUCUCGUCCCAUGGCCAUCCGAGUGCCCUCGUCCUCGGGCCGGAUGCACAUACUCUCCGCUACUCCGAGCCGCCCCUCAGCCCGUUGAGCCCGUUGAGCCCGUUGAGCUCGCAGAGCCAAUGCUUUGCCUCUGUUGAGAAGGAUGAGAAGGGGAUGUAUAGGCUCCCGUCAAUGAGCUUUGCACCGCUAUCCCCGCCUCGGCGCACCUGGCGCAAGCCCGCGCCCGAGAUGGACGCUGGGGCCGGGCUGGGUGAAGAUAUUUACACGCAGUACAAGCGUGCUCCCCGGCGUGUCUCGAGGUCGACGGUGUCGGAGAUGUAUGAGUGGACUCCCGGCGGGUCUGCUUCGCAGGUGGAUGCCCCGGAUGCGGGUAGCUUUGCUAGGCCUGGUGACUCGACUGAUGAGUUGUAUUUUGGAGUUGGGAUCGCGCUGACGAAAGACUGA